AUGACGAUCGGAGAACGCACCGUUAGAGGACUGGGUGAUGAUGCGCGGGGUACAGCAUCGGGGCUUCAAAGAACCGAGCUACAUCUACCUAGGUACAUGUACUUACCUUCUCUUCUCUUCACUUUUCUUCACGAGGAGGAAUCGCCGGGCUUUAUGGGGCGCUCGGUUAAAAUAGAGUUGGCCGGCAGAAGUGGUCAGGCAGGGGUGUGGAGUAGGGGCCUUGUUGUUGUUGUUGUUGUUGUUGUUCCUGAGUGCUGUGCCAUAUAA